CUCUGCAUGCAGUAUAAUGACAUAACUCAGUAGAUAUUUUCCCCCUUCCCAUUCCAUCUUUUGAGCACAGAAGAGUUGAUAACAUAGAAGAGGCCAGAAUUAAAAUCCUAUUCUUCCCUUUUCAUCUCAAUCAUUGUUGCAAGAGAAGAAGAAUAAGAAGAAGAAGAAGAAGUAUUACUAAAUAGAAACAAAGCCAAAAAUUCUCCUUAUGUAUCCAUCAGCAACCAUCUCCAACUCCACAACCAUAACAGAGGAAGCAAAUGUUUCCCCUGAAACCAGAGUCCAUGAUCACUUCAAUAACCUUACUCUCCUCUUCACACCCAUAUCCACCCAACCCAAACCCAAGACGAAGAGAAGCCAACCAGGAAAUCCGGACCCAGAUGCUGAAGUGGUGGCUCUCUCUCCCAAAAGCCUUCUUGCCACCAACAGAUUUGUCUGCGAGAUAUGCGCCAAAGGAUUUCAGAGAGAUCAAAACCUUCAGCUUCAUAGGAGAGGGCACAACUUGCCAUGGAGGCUGAGGCAGAGGAAUAAUAAUGGCAAGGAGGUUAUAAAGAAGAGAGUCUAUGUUUGCCCUGAGCCUUCCUGUGUUCAUCACCAUCCUUCAAGAGCUCUAGGUGAUCUUACAGGGAUAAAAAAGCACUUUUGCAGGAAACAUGGUGAGAAGAAGUGGAAGUGUGAAAAGUGCUCGAAGAAGUAUGCGGUUUACUCGGAUUGGAAGGCUCAUGUCAAGACAUGCGGAACCAGGGAGUAUAAAUGUCACUGUGGAACACUCUUCUCUAG